AUGGUUUCUUCUAACAAUUGUGUCCAAAAACAUAAGAUUUCAGGUCAGCAGCUUCGUUGGCAACAUAAUUUUUGUUCAAUCCAAAUGCAACCUUGGUAGACACCAAAUGAUCAGAACUAGCAUCGGAUUUAUAAUUACUAAAGGUCAUUUGAAUUACAAAGUAUGUGAAUUAGUGAUUCAUUUAGAGUCAUGUACAGAACUUUGA